CUCGCUCCUGGGCGGCGGCGGAGGCGCAGGGGAAGGGGCGGGCAGGGGCCGCAGCCGCUUUCUCCUCCCACCGCCGCGCGCCAGCCCAGCGGAGCCGAACGGGCGCCGCGCCGGGCUCCCGCCACAGCCGCGCUUCCCGGCACCCAGCGGGCGAGUGGGCAGGCGGGCGGGCGCGGGCCGCGAUGGCAGCGACGGAGCAGGGCUGAGCCCGCCGCCCGCCCGCAGCCCCCCGGCCCCUGGGGCCCCAGCCAUGGCGAAGCAGUACGAUGUGCUGUUCCGACUGCUGCUGAUCGGGGACUCCGGGGUGGGCAAGACCUGUCUGCUGUGCCGCUUCACCGACAACGAGUUCCACUCCUCCCACAUCUCCACCAUCGGGGUUGACUUCAAGAUGAAGACCAUAGAGGUAGACGGCAUCAAAGUGCGGAUACAGAUUUGGGACACCGCAGGGCAGGAGAGAUACCAGACCAUCACAAAGCAGUACUAUCGGCGGGCCCAGGGGAUAUUUUUGGUCUACGACAUUAGCAGCGAGCGCUCUUACCAGCACAUCAUGAAGUGGGUCAGUGACGUGGACGAGUAUGCACCAGAAGGUGUCCAGAAGAUCCUUAUCGGGAAUAAGGCCGACGAGGAGCAGAAACGGCAGGUGGGAAGAGAGCAAGGGCAGCAGCUGGCGAAGGAGUAUGGCAUGGACUUCUACGAAACAAGUGCCUGCACCAACCUCAACAUUAAAGAGUCGUUCACGCGUCUGACGGAGCUGGUGCUGCAGGCCCACAGGAAGGAGCUGGAAGGCCUCCGGAUGCGUGCCAGCAACGAGUUGGCAUUGGCAGAGCUGGAGGAGGAGGAGGGCAAACCUGAGGGCCCAGCGAACUCUUCGAAAAGCUGCUGGUGCUGAGAGUCCUGUGUGGGGCACCCCACAUGACACCCCUCUUCCCUCAGGAGGCCCGUGGGCAGACAGGGGAGCCGGGGCUUUGCUCUGCCACUGUCCUCUCGUGUGAUGACCCUGCUGAGUAUCAGUAGCCGCUAUUCCCCCUGCCUGGCCCUAAGAGCGGCUCUACUGUCAUCUCAAGCAGCCCCUGCCCUCAGCCCGUCCACUCUGGAGUGGUCUUCAGCCUGUUUCCCCAGCCAAGGCCCGCUACGACCCCACCACAUGCCGCAAGCACCGGCUCACCACCCCGCACCCCCAGACAACAGCUGAGGCUGGAGUCCAGGCCACUUUCCGCUCCUCCUUUCUCCGCGCAUCAUGUGUCCUCUCUGCUUCUCCUCUCUCCCCCACUUCUCUCUCUCUGACCCCUCCCCUCCAGUGUGUUUCGUAUCAAAGCCCCUCACCCCCCUCCCCAUGUGUCUUGCUGUGUGGCAGCUGCUGCAGCUCGCUCCUUCCUUCCUUCCCAACCUGUCUGAGGGGAUGGACCCAGGCUCGUGGGGCAGUUCCACCCUUGGAUCCAGGAAGAACCCCCCACCCUGCCUCGUGGGUGGACCAAAGGCUACAGGGUGCUGCUUCCUCCUCCCCUCCCCACUGUCCCUCAUGUGCCAUGGGCCUGCCUCCCCAGCGACCUGAGAGAGUGGAGCAUCGAGACAGGAAGGAAUCGGCAACUGGGAAGUCCUCGAGCCUGGGGCCGCCCUACCUCCUCCUACUCCCCCGCCAGAGCUUUGCCCUUGCUUGGCUGCCCACCUGCCUUUUCGGGGAACUGAGCUCGGAGGCAGAUGCUUCAGAGAAGGAAACAAAAUGAGGGGUGGCAGGGAUACAAAGUCACCUCCAUUCUCUACCUCCCAUGCAGCAUGAACACAAUCUCUCUCCACCUGGCUCCUGAAUUUAAAGGUGUGGACCAAGGUCUGUGGGUACCCCAGGGGCAAGGAGCGUCCUGGGGUCAGUGACACUGUCAGGCCAACCAUGCAUGCCAGAAAGGAGAGCAUUUGGAAAUGAAGGACUAGCUCCUAUGUAUCAGGUUAAGAGCAAGGAAGAGCUGGCCAGGGAUAGCAGUUUGCACGGCAGAGGGGAACGUAGCAGCAGCAGGGCCUCUGGGCCCCCUCUUACAUUUCUUAGGUAAGAAGAGCGUUUGUUUCCUCAGACUCCCAGGCAGAGGACUAAGCCCAGCCUUCAGCAAUCAAGCUUCUCCUGGGACCCAGAGUUUAUGGGAGAAGGGCGAAGCCUUCAAAAGAAGAGAGAAGGAAUGCCCUGGGUAGAACGCUUGGUGCUGUUCUUUUCAGCCUUCAAGCACUCAUCUUGCCUUCUAGCUCCUGAUAGGCUUGAGGGUUUGCCAACCACACUGUGGCUACAGGUGGAGGGAAGAGGACUCCCUCCUCCAGAGUGCUAUGUUCAGGAAGUUUCUUUAACCCCAUAUGGCCCAAGAGUAGCUUGUAGAGGCCCUUUAAAGAAGGAACAAGUAAUUUACCAGCCCUACUGGGGUUCCUCCCCACCUUCCCAAGGUGGUCAAGGCCUAGGAAGAAGGUCGUUCUUAAGCCACACAUUAGCUGCAUUGCGUGGCUGCCACCAAAACAAAGAACUAGGUACUGAGCAUUUAAUCAACUAAGGACACACACACGUGAAGGAUAAGAACCCCACUUCCUUAUUCCUCCAAAAAGGGGUGGGGGUAGCACCACCAAACCAGGAAACAGCAGGAGAAUGUGGCUCAGGACUUAGGGACGGGGUAUAGAUUAGAUAGUGGAAAGCAAAGGAGAGCAGGAGUUAUAAAUCACUGGCUAAUGAGAAACAGAGCUGACUCUAGGAGGAAGCUGUGACUAUGGCUGGAGUUGCUUCCUUGAGGAUGGACUCCUUGCGUAUCAAGACCUACGUCACAUCACACUAGGACUAGGGAGGUGGGGGAUGUCAGCCCUCAGUCUGUCUUCAGCCAGGGACUUAAGAAGUUAUAUUGGGCAGUGGCUCCAACUUGUGGGCCAGUAUUGCAGCAUUCCCUGAAGAUCAGGCAGGGUGCCAUUCAUUGUCUGUCUCUCCUAGCCCCCUCAGGAAAGAAGGACUAUAUUUGUACUGUACCCUAGGGGUUCUGGAAGGAAAAACAUGGAAUCGGGAUUCUAUAGACUGAUAAGCCCUAUCCACAGGGCCAUGGCUGGGAAAAGGUAUGGGAGCAGAAGGAGAAUUCAGAUUUUAGGGUGCAGCCAUGCUCACCUUAAACUUCUGGUGGCCUGAGGCCUGUCUUGAGGCCCAGACUGUUGAGCAGUCUUUGCUGGCCUGUUUACUCGUCACCACCUCUGCACCUGCUGUCUUGAGACUCCACCCAGCCCCAGGCACGCCACUUGCUCCUGAGCCCCCACUAUCUCCCUGUGACGGGUGAACUUCGUGUACUGUGUCUUGGGUCCAUAUAUGAAUUGUAAGCAGGGUUCAUCUAUUUUAAACACAGAUGUUUACAAAAUAAAGACUAUUUCAAACCACA